AAGCUUUUACAUUCUUGUCAGAGAAAUUAUUGUGUAUUUUAAAAUUUCGACUAAAUAUUAAAUUGGAAAAUACUGUGUAAUUGGCCAGAGCUUAAUAAAAGCCUAGCCACUUUCUUAUACAGUAGCAGGAAAUUUAGCUUGCGGAAUGACAACACACCACUUCGUCCUCAUCUGUACAGUGAAUAACUCCUGCCGUGAGUGAAUCCGUCCACUGCUCGUCGCCACAUCCGAUGCCCGAAAACUCGGUGGUAGUCCAGUUAAUGCAGGCCGUCGGCGGCGGAAUCGCCGGAGCUGCGACGCGGACCAUAACCCAGCCGCUGGACGUUCUGAAGAUCCGAUUCCAGAUGCAAGUGGAGCCGGUGACAAACCAUAAGGGGUCCAAAUACCGUGGAGUCAUCCACGCUUUCAAGUCGGUGUACGCCGAGGAGGGAAUGCGCGGUAUGUUCCGUGGUCACAACUCCGGCCAGGUUCUGAGCAUUUCGUACGCUCUGGUACAGUUCUGGUCCUACGAACAGCUUCGCUCCAUGGCCCACCAGUUUGACUACUGGAGGGAGCGACCCUUUCUCAUGUUUUUCAUCUGCGGCGGCAUAGCCGGAUGUCUGGGAGCCGUGGCCGCCCAGCCGUUCGACGUGGUAAGAACACAGAUGGUGGCCGCAGACCCCUCCUCGCGCCGCAGUCAGAUGAACACUUUUACCGGACUUCGAAAGGUCUAUAAGAUGGAGGGGUGGAUGGGACUUUCCCGAGGACUACCCUUCACGCUUGUGCAGGUGUUUCCGCUGGUAGGGGCAAACUUUCUCUUCUACAAGUACCUCAACGCGGCUGUCUUGAUGGCCAAGCCUCCCGACCAGCGCCAGGAAAUCCACGGCGCAUUUCUGUUUCUCAAUGGGGCGCUGUCAGGGGUGUUGGCCAAGAUGAUCGUGUACCCGGCGGACCUGCUUAAAAAGCGCAUCCAGCUGAUGGCCUUCAAACAGGAACGUAAGACCUUUGGUCGCAACCCCGAGUGCCCUACGAUCCUGGGCUGCAUCACCACCACGUUUCGGGAGGAAGGAAUCGGAGGCUUCUAUAAGGGAAUGUUGCCUACUCUACUCAAGGCAGGACUGAUGAGUGCCGUGUACUUCUCCAUCUAUGACAUGUUUAAGCGCCACUAUAUAGCUCCGAUGAAAGAGGCGGAGAAAAAUCGGCAAAAACUGGGCAAGCAUUAGUAUCUUGGGAGAAUGUGUGGAAUAUGGAUGAGCGAACAUGUCAAAUAUAAGUUAAACGUGAACAGUAGACUAGACGACCAGAUGGCCAACGACGGACAUUGCCGUCUACUUCCAGUUUGAACUGGAUCCUGCCCAGCCGCCUGAGGCCGGCGCUGAGUAGCUGUAUCCGUCGCCACCGCCGCCGGAAGACCCGCCGUAGGAGCCACCGCUGCCUGAAGCAGCGGCUGCAGCCACCACUUGUGUAUCAUAGCUGGAUCCGCCGCCACUGCUAUAGCCACCGCCAUGUCCACUGCUGUAUCCUCCAGAGCUGUAGGACGAGCCGCUGCUGUAGGAGGAGGCUCCGCUGUAAGAGGAUCCACCAGAAUAUCCACCAUCGUAGCCCCCGGAGGAGCCACCACUGUAUCCACCGGAGGAUCCGCCGCCGUAUCCGCCGGAAGAGCCAUGUGAAUCUCCAGCCGCAGCAGCAGCCACAAUCACCUGGGUGUCAUGACCUCCUCCGCUGUGACCGCCACCGCUGUAGCCGCCGUAUCCUCCGCUGCCACCAUGAUCAGAGGAGUCUGAGCUGGCGGCGAUGGCUGCAAUGUUGGCGAUGGCAUGGCCACCAUAACCUCCGCCGUGUCCGCCGCUGCCUCCAUGUCCGCCAUGUCCGUGAUCGGAGGACGAGCCAGCAGCAGCAGCGAUGGCAGCAAUCUUGGCAUCAUCAUGACCGGAACUAUAUCCGCCGGAGCUGUAUCCGUGGCCACCUCCACCGCCUCCGCCACCCCCGGAACUGUAUCCGUGGUUCUCGGUGAUAACAGCAUAGGUGUUCACAUGACCACCGCCUCCUCCACCGCCGCUGUAUCCGCCAUCGUGGGAGUGAAUCUCAUAGCCUCCACCUCCAUGGCCGCCAAAAUCACCGCCUCCGUGGCCGCCAAAAUCACCGCCUCCGUGGCCGCCGUGAUCCCCACCGCUCUCUGGCAGGUGAAUACGGAUGUGGACAUGCUCUCGUCCGAAGGUGGGCUUUCCCCAUACCGCUGGGCUAGCCAGCAGAAGCGCACUGAUCUGGGAGUGGGAGGAGGGAAUCUGUGUUAGGAUCCACCUGAACUGACGUGGUGUCGUGCCAAACUCACUAUGAAACGGGCUGCCAUUUCUCUGGAUUCGUUACGAAGGACUCUCGAAUGAUUGCUCGCCUCUGGACCGACUGGAAAUGAUUCGGCAAACAUGGGCACACGCCGUUUUAUAGCCCUCUUCUCCACUCGGGAGCCAUGCGGUUAUAUAAGCGAUCGCUUGCCGCUGAGCAAGUGCAGAGAUAAUCUCUUUCGCCGACGACGAGCUGAAUGAAGUGGAGCCAGACCACUGGAGACUUCACGACCGCGACCCAUUGAAGGCCAACUGGCCGCGUCUUCGUCUUCGUCUUCUUCUCGGCCAUCCAGUCUUCACUCUCCCUUUCUGAAGAUCGCGAGAGUGUUGACCUUUCACAUCAUCAUCCCCAGCAUGUGCCCAAUUGCAAUACCACACGGAUAACGUAAAAAAGGGUCUGUGACUCAAAAUUAUUUUAAAUCCCAUGGUGUGAUGCCAACUUAAGUGU